AUGCCGUUCGAGUGGAUCCAUAUCAAGAGGAAUCUAUUUAAUGAUCCCAGUAUGUCGGGCGUGGUGCACAGCGGGGUCGUCCUGCGGCUGCAGCUGAGUCGUCGUCCCGCCUACCAGGUCCUGGCGGUGAUCCUGCCGUCCUUCAUCCUGCUGGCCAUCAGCACGACGUCCCUGUGGAUGUCGUGCACGACCAAAACGCCGUCGCGGCUGAUCGUGUCGUGCUGCGUGACGGGAGCCUUCCUCCUGCUGUGGGCCAUCAGCGCCCUCACCAGCCCCAGCACCGGCCGCGUCAAGGCACUCGACGUGUGGCUCUGCUUCUGCACGAUGCACGCGCUGUUGCACGACAUCACGCACGUGGCCAUCGACAUCUUCAGCGGGCGCGACUGCUCGGGCGCCAGCCAAUUGUUCUCGCGCGUGACGUCGCGGCCCGUGUCCAAGAUGCGCGAGGUCAAGCCCAUCGAGUCGGGCAGCAUCUACGACUCGCUCAUGAUGCGUCUCGGCCCUGAGGAAGACCACUGGACGGCCGGCUACUGGAUCACCUUCAUCGCCCGCGUCGUGUCGCCCGUGCUGGUCGUCCUCUUCAACGCCACCUUCUGGCCCUUCGUGCUCUACUUCAACAUCAACCCCUUGCCCUGA